UGAACUAUUCCAAUAUACAUAUAUACCAAUUCAGAGAGGAAAAUAAAAUAACUUUAUAUAACAAUUCUGCAACUUCUUCUUCGUUAAUCAUAUCUAAUUAUAAACCAAAUCACAUAAUUGGAUCCCGGCAUCCGUCUACCGAUGCCGGAGAAGCCUAUAUUCGGAAAAUAUGAGCUAGGAAAGCUACUUGGUUGUGGCGCAUUCGCCAAAGUGUACCACGCUAGAGAAAUCAACAAUGGCAGGAAUGUCGCCAUCAAAGUAAUUAACAAGAGCAAUCUUUCCAACAAAGAUGGUAUUCCUGACAAACACAUCGAGCGUGAAGUCUCCGUCAUGCGCCAGCUGCAGCAUCCAUACAUUGUUAGACUCUAUGAAGUGCUCGCCACGAAGACGAAGAUCUAUUUCGUCAUGGAAUACGUUAAAGGAGGCGAAUUAUUCAACCAAAUCGCUAAUAAAGGCCGAUUUUGCGAGGAUCUCAGUCGUAAAUGCUUUCAGCAAUUGAUUUCCGCCGUUAAUUACUGUCAUUCACGUGGAAUUUACCAUCGUGAUUUAAAACCAGAAAACGUUCUAAUUGACGAAAAUGGAGAUCUCAAAGUUACCGAUUUCGGACUCAGUGCCACAACUGACCAAAUUCAAUCAUUCGACGGGCUUCUACAUACAGUUUGCGGAUCGCCGGCAUAUGUAGCACCGGAGGUUUUAACGAUUAAAGGAUACGACGGAGCUAAAACCGAUGUCUGGUCAUGCGGAAUUAUUUUGUAUGUGAUGAUCGCCGGUUACUUCCCGUUCUACGAUCAGAACUUGAUGUUAAUGUACAAAAAAAUCUACAAAGGCGAAUUCCGGUGCCCGAAAUGGAUGUCUCCGGACCUUAAGCGGAUACUAUCUCGUCUUCUGGAUAUUAAUCCGGCGACGAGAAUUACGAUUGAAGAAAUCAUCAGAGAUCCAUGGUUUAGAAAGGGAUUGAAAUUUAUCAAAUUCUCAGAGGAGGAAGAAAUUAAGAUAAAUUCAUCAUCAAAUUGUUUGAAUGCGUUUGAUAUAAUUUCAUUCUCCCAGGGACUGGACAUUUCGGGAUUGUUCAAAUCGAACAAUCCGGUGGAUGAUUUGGAGAGGAUAGUGGUGGAAGAGUCACCGGAGAGUGUAAUUGAGAGAAUCGAAGAGCUAGCGAAGGAGGAGAAUUUCAUAUUGAAGAGGAAAAAAGAAUGGAGAAUCGACAUGAAAGUACAAAAUGGUAAAUUAACGAUGAACUUGAAUGUAUAUCGAUUAACCGAACAAUUAAAUGUCGUGGAAGUUCGAAAAAGUGAUGGUGACGGUGGUUUGUAUAAAGAUGUAUGGAAGAAUAAAUUGAAGCCGGUAAUUCUGAGCCAACGGAGAGUUGAGCUUCAGGUUUCCGAUUGCUAGAUUUCAAGCAUUGGGUGAAUUUGUUUUAAUUUUUUUUUUAUUACACUACAAAACAAAAGGAAAAAAAUGUACCAUAAUGUGCUUUGUUUUUUGUAUUUUUAAAAAAGAGUUAUUGUAAAGUAAAAAAAAUACAGAGUGGAGAAGUUCAUAUUGUAAAUACUUUUUCUUGUCUUAUAUUUAUGUAUUAUCUUGCUAAAAGUAUCUAAGUGUUCGUUUUGGAUUUA